AUGCGUGCAGCCGAAGAGGGUUCUUCACUUGCCUCAGCAGCAGGUGAUCCUCCGCCUGAUGCUGCGAUUCAGCAUCAGGCGGUGCCUAUUGUGAGUAGUCCACGUGGUGAUUCACCACGUGCGACAGGUACCCCGCUGCGUCUGCAGCGGGUUGAUACAUCUGGCUCGAAGGCGACACCUCACGACUCCGGACCACCCGGGGCGGACACUGCAAGAGCCGGGUUGACUGGCUAUGGGGAACGUGGCGGCACCAUGUCCGAGAUCUUCGAACCGGGCGAUUCUUCGGACGAUUUCUCGUCUUACGCAAGUCCACCCGACGAUAGGACGCGUGGUGAUGGUGGUGAUGCCCCUAUGCAUCACCACGAGAGAAGAAACCCGAGGGAUCGAGCUGCCACUGGUUUUAGUGCUCAUGCUGACACAACACAAGAGUCCGGAGACCGAAAUAUCCUGCGUCACGCUCCUCAAGUGGAGUCUCCUUAG